CACUUCCGGUUAAUCAAAUAAACGCCAUUUUCUGUGCAGGCCGCAUCAGAGGCUAAGUGCAUUGAAGAUUUAGAGAUGUGGGACCAGGGAGGUCAGCCCUGGCAACAAUGGCCUCUGAGUCAGCAGCAGUGGAUGCAGUCGUUUCAGCAUCAGCAAGAUCCAGGUCAGGUGGACUGGGCGGCUUUAGCUCAGGCAUGGAUCGCGCAGAAGGAGUCGAGUGGCACCACAAUGGAGCAGCAGCAGCAGCAGCAGCCGCCGCCGCCGCCGCAGCCUAACGGGCAGGACACGGCGGGACUCGAAGCUCAUAACAAUCACACAAACUUUCAGAAUGACUCCAGUUUUAAUAGGAUGUGGCAGCCAGAGUGGGGGAUGCACAGCCAACCUCCUCCUCCUCCCCCGCCUCCCGCAGAUCAGACCUGGAUUCCCCCAGCGCCGGCGCCAAUGGACAUCGUAAAUCCAUCCGAGGACAGUAACAGUCAGGACAGCGUCGAGUUCACCAGUGACCCGCAUCACGUCUUUAACCAGAACAGUCAUGGGUUCAACAGCGGGCCAGAACACUACCCUGUCGCUCCUAUGGCAGUCAACCAGUUUGAUUAUCAGCACGGAGCAUUUGGUCCUCCUGGCACUGGGUUUCCCCCACCAUUUUGGCCCGACGGCCCUCAAAACAGGCGAGACAGGAUGCCAGGAUUCAGACCAGAACGACCCAGAUCACCUGGGCAGAUGGGCAUCAAAACAGAAGCACCAGUUAUUGACGCUGUGAAAAGGCGCACUCUGCCUGCGUGGAUUCGAGAAGGCCUCGAAAAAAUGGACCGUGAGAAGCAGAAGAAACUGGAGAAGGAGAGGAUGGAGAAAGAGCGUGCUGAAAUGGCUCACAAAGAAAAAGACAACGAGGCCGAGGAGGAGGGAGACGGCGUCCGGUUACCACGCAAGAGCAAGUUUGACAGUGAUGAUGAGGAUGGUGAUGAAGGUGACGAUGCAGAGGAAAGCGUUACGUUGAAAGUCCCAUCUCCUGUACAUGAGGAGCAGAGCGAGCCGGAAAUGACUGAAGAGGAGCGAGAGUUUCAGCUGAUGCUGCUGACCAAAACGCUUCUGACCGAAGUUCUGCUGGAGGUGACCAACGAAGAAAUCGUCCGCGUCGCCUUGGAGACGCAUCGCAAAGCCGGCAAAGCUCCUGCAAAACAGCUGGCACAGUCCAGUGCACUGGCUUCUCUGUCCUCCCUCGGCGGCCUCGGGGCGUACGGAUCAGACGAGAGCGAGGAUGAACGUAGCUUGAAGGGCUCGGACUCGUCCGAUACGGACGAAGAGGAGCUGCGGCACCGGAUUCGCCAGAAACAGGACGCGUUUCGGCGCAAGGAGCAGGAAAGACAGGAGCUGGAGGAGCAUGUUGUUACUAACCCAGAACCCCCAGGUCUAGGAAGCAGGGAAAGGGAGCGAGAGAGUCAUGAGGAUGAGCCGUUAGAUUCUAAACACAAACAGGAAGUUAAGGAGAGGGAGGUAGUAGAGGCAGGCCAGAGGUCAGAAGUUAGUGAGGUCAAGCAUCCAGAGUCACGCCGCAGCCGUACGUCCUCCUCCAGCUCGUCUUCCUCUUCUUCCGUGUCCUCGUCUUCCUCCUCCACGUCAUCCUCCUCUUCGUCCCGUUCUUCCUCGCCGCGCAGAAAGAGACGGCGCAGUCGCUCGGCUUCGCGUGGGACUCGCAGGCGCAGCCGCAGUCGGAGUUCCCGCAGGAAUCAUUCAGAACGCGGUGACCGAGAGAGGAGGUGGAGCAGUCGCGACCGGAGCUCUGCUCGCUACAGAAAACGCAGUCGCAGCCGUGAUAGACGGCGCAGUCGCAGCCGCAGCCACAGUCGAAGGAAGAGAACAAGAAGCAGAGACAGAGAGAGGAGGAAAGAGAGGAGUCCAAGCCGUGAUAAGGAGAAGAAGAAGAGGGACAAAGAGCUAGAGAAAAAGAAAGACAAGCAAAAGGCGAGGGAGAAGGAAAGGGAAAAGGAAAAGGAGAGGGAAAGAGAGCGAGAAAGGGAACGAGAAAGAGAGAGGGACGCUAGCUCAGCCAGAGAGGACGAGAGUAGAUCCAAGAAGAAGCGGCGAGAGAGCGACACUAUUUCCCGACAGGACAGCAGGUCUAGUAGAAAGAGUUCGGCCAAACCGAACAGGAAGUAUUCAGACUCUGACUCCAGCAGGUCCCCAUCCCCUGAGGUUAGCAAAGGCAAAAAGUCUAAAAAAAACAAACGUAGUCGAUCAAGGUCAACGGAAAAAUCGCACAAGUCUGGUAAGAAGGCAAGCCGCAAACACAAGUCUAAGUCGCGAUCAAGGUCGAACUCCCCGAGCCGUCGCAGGCGCUGAGGAUUCCUGCGUCUCUCACUUAUUUUAAAAUUCCAUGAGUUUAAAAGGGCGCGUCUCGUUAUGGAGGCCGCGUUUGUAGGUGAACUCUGCACUCAAACCCACACUGUAAAUACGUGUUUGUUUUUAAGCGACGUCUGUGAUACGCAAAGUUUCCAACGAUAAGGUUCUUUUUUGCCUUGUGUCAUGAAAAGACUCAGCAUUGGUAGUUCAUACAGGAUCUCGAAAGCUGUAACAUUUUAAAGCCCUCAAGACGAGGGACAGAAUUCAUCUAAUGUAAAGUGUCCAAUAAAAUAAGAAUGCUUUUUUUCUGUUCA